AAAGAAGCGAGCGGAGUGUCGGAGUUUCACUCUGAGAUCAUCGAUGUUCAUCACCACACACCUUACUACUGGCCCUGCUGCCACUGAAAUCAGCACUGACCAUCCGGAUUUGUAUUGAUCUUUUUUUUUUUUCUUUUUUCAUUUUGUGUUUCCUCGGCCGCCCAUGUAAGGCUGAAGCAGCACGCACAAUUAGGUUUUAGUUAUCAGACAAUCAUCACUGAGUGGCUGCGGUCUGUGGUUCAAAUGUUGGGAGACAAGGCUCACGGUGUGACACUGAAGGUUAUGGAAUACACAUAUGACGACGAUCUGGAAGAGCUGUGCCCUGUGUGUGGGGACAAAGUGUCUGGAUACCACUACGGUCUGCUCACCUGCGAGAGCUGCAAGGGCUUCUUCAAAAGGACAGUACAGAACAAUAAGAGGUACACAUGUGCGGAGAACCAGGAGUGUAAAAUAGACAAAACCCAGAGGAAGAGGUGUCCUUUCUGUCGCUUCCAAAAGUGCCUCAGCGUCGGGAUGCGGCUAGAAGCGGUACGCGCAGACCGCAUGCGUGGGGGGCGGAAUAAAUUUGGGCCCAUGUACAAGAGAGACAGGGCCUUGAAGCAGCAGAAGAAGGCUUUGAUACGAUCCAACGGGUUCAAGCUGGAGAGCGCUGCCCCUCCGCCGGCAUCUCCUCUGCAGACUGACUAUGGCUUCACCGGCAGCCUGCACAACCUGCCCACUAUUUCCAAAAGUCUGCUCCCUUCCACCCCAAGCUCCAUCACCUCUACAGACUACGAAGCCAACCUCUACGGACCCCCUUCCCUUGGUAUGGCCAUGCAGUCCCAUGUGCCCCUCACCACUCAGUAUCAGUACACAGCCUUCCCUGGCAGGGCAAUUAAAGCCGAGUGUCCUGACUACACCAGCUCCCCUGAGUCUCUGACAGGAUAUUCCUACCCAGACGUGUACCCCUCAGCCUCACCGCAGCCGCCCAGCCUGCCGCCGCUGGUGCUGGAGCUGUUGCGCUGUGAUCCGGAUGAGCUGGUGGUGCAAAAUAAGAUUGUUGCUCAUCUGCAGCAGGAACAGAGCGGUCGGGGCCGACUGGACAAGCCCAGCACCUUCAGCCUCAUGUGUCGCAUGGCAGACCAGACUCUCUUCUCCAUAGUGGAGUGGGCCCGGAGCUGCAUCUUCUUCAAGGAGCUCAGGGUGGGAGAUCAAAUGAAGCUGCUUCAUAACUGCUGGUCUGAACUUCUGGUGUUGGAUCACAUUUUCAGACAAGUGCAACAUGGGCAGGAAGACAGCAUCCUACUGGUGACUGGCCAGGAGGUCGAGCUGUCAUUCAUCCUGUCCCAGGCUGAGGGGACUCUGUCAAGUCUGGUCCAGAGAGGUCAGGAGCUAGCGGUGAGGCUGCGGGCGCUUCAGGUGGACCGCAGGGAGAUCGCCUGUCUAAAAUUCCUCCUGCUGUUCAACCCCAAUGUGAAGCUGUUGGAGGACCAGGCAUUUGUGGAAGGUGUGCAGGAGCAGGUCAACGGGGCCCUGCUGGAGUACACCCUGUCCACCUACCCACAGUUCCAAGAGAAGUUCAGCCAGCUGGUGGUGCGGCUGCCGGAGUUGCGCUCCCUCAGCACACAGGCCGAGGACUACCUGUGCUACAUGCAUCUGAGCGGAGAGGUGCCCUGCAACAACCUGCUCAUCGAGAUGCUGCACGCCAAGAGAGCGUGUGUGUAAGAGUCGCAUACUCCAUCGUCAUGAGCUGUUUUGCUAGGAGUGACUGUGUGUGUGGGAGGGAAAGUGUGAGUGAGAAGAAAAAAAUCAAAUGAAAAUAAACAGGUUCAUAUUGGGA